GAGAGAGCAGGCUGGGGCUGACACACAGAAAAAGCGCCUGCGCGUUUCCAGAAACGCUAAGACAGAGAGAGAGGAAAAUAACAAACAGGGUUCUUUGUCUCAUCGUCGGGAGUGUUUCUCGCCCAGAGAGAGCUCAGAUACUGUGGGAUCAGCUUGCUGGCAGAGUGCACAUCGACUUCAGUGGAAACGUGGCCCCUUUUUCUCCCCCAGUGUAGCAGAAUACUUUGGAACAGUAACCAGCGAGGAGUCUGUCUCUUUACCUCGGUAUCUCAGCUGUCCUUUGUAUACAAACAGCCUCCAGCUCGGGAUUGCAGACACACAUACACAUAUAUACAUACUGCAGUCUACCAUGGAGACAAAGAGGGCUCUGAGAAUCGCCAGCCAACUCUGAUCACUCAGGAGAUGCAGAUCGACCUGUUACUACAAAAAAAAACAAUGUACGAAAAGGCAUCGGCGGAGAGAGAGCAACAGCCCCUGGACAUGGCAGGAGAGAGGGAUGCUUUCUGGUCUGACUGCCCAGAGAUCUGCCCUGCUCCAUCCAAUCCCUAAUCGGAACCUCCCUGGCGUGGCUGAGAACUGGGAGAGAGGAAUUCAGAUAAACCAGAGCACCAAAUAAUUUCAGCAAAACAAAACAAAAGAAGUAUUGAGAGGAGAGGCGAUGGAGAGUGUGGGGAAAUUCGAAUUCAACCGACAGGAUCUGAUCGGGCAUGGGGCUUUCGCUGUAGUUUUCAAAGGCCGUUACAUCGAGAAACACGACUGGGAAGUUGCCAUUAAAUGUAUCAACAAGAAAAACCUAGCAAAGUCACAAACCCUUCUGGGAAAAGAAAUUAAAAUAUUGAAGGAACUGAAACAUGACAAUAUUGUGGCGUUGUAUGACUUUCAGGAGAUGGCAAAUUCUGUCUAUCUGGUGAUGGAGUACUGUAAUGGGGGCGACCUUGCUGAUUAUCUCCACUCGAAGGGGACCCUCAGUGAGGACACCAUCCGACUGUUCCUGCAGCAGAUAGCUGGGGCCAUGAAGAUGUUGCACAGCAAGGGGGUCAUCCAUCGUGACUUGAAGCCCCAGAACAUCCUGCUGUCUUGUACGGGGGGCCGUAAAUCCAACCCCAGCAAUAUCCGGAUCAAGAUAGCUGACUUUGGCUUUGCCCGAUAUUUACAGACCAACAUGUUAGCAGCAACAUUGUGUGGAUCGCCCAUGUAUAUGGCCCCAGAAGUCAUCAUGUCCCAACAUUACGAUGCUAAGGCUGACCUGUGGAGUAUUGGAACCAUUGUAUACCAGUGCUUGACUGGCAAAGCUCCCUUCCAGGCCAGCAGUCCACAGAACCUGCGGCUACUUUACGAGAAAAACAAAAACCUUGUACCAAACAUUCCGAGAGAGACAUCCAGCCAGCUGCGUCACCUCCUCCUGGGUCUCCUGCUCCGUAACCACAAGGACCGCAUGGAAUUCAGUGAAUUUUUUCAUCAUCCGUUUUUAGAUGCCAGUUCUUCCAUGAAGAAAUCUGUCCCAGUGCCUAUGCCAGUCUACGCCAGUUCAGCCUCCACCAGUUCCUGCAGCAGCUCCUCCACCUCCCACCUUGCUUCAUCUCCAUCACUAGCCGAUGUGCACCAGCUCUCUGAGAAGGUUCUCACUCCCCCCACCCAGGAGAGCCCAGCCUUCCUGCAGGGCUCGAAGGAUUCAGGCAGUGGCAGCAGCAAGAAUUCCUCCUGUGACAUCGAUGACUUUGUGUUGGUACCUUACAACAGCCCCACGCAGUACUCUGGUGAGCUGCUGAGUGACACAAUGGCAGGAAGGACACUGAUUGACAGCUUGAAUUACAGCAGUGGCUCAGUCCUGACCUCAGCAGGGUUAGCAAGUCACGGGAGACCAUCAUCCCCUUCUGGGUCGUGCAGCAGUUCACCAAGCCCCUCCGGCCGGCUGUGCCAGGAAUCCGUCAGCACCUAUGGAGACACUGUCCCUAUCCCUGUGCCUACACAGAUUCUCAAUUACCAGCGAAUAGAGCAGAACCUUCAGGCUCCAAAGGCCUGCAGCUCUCCAAGGUCUGGAAGGGUUCGAAGGCCAAGCAAUCCCAGUCCCUUGGGUUUCAGCAGAACAGGGGCAUCCCCUCCACGUCCUGGAGAACAGCCGUCAACACCAUUUCGAAGAUCGUCUUCCGGGAACGUGAAACCUUUCUUGCCGUCACCACAAGUUGGCACAAUCCCUGAGCAACUGGAUCAGUUUGCUAACGCCACUCCUAUUGGAUCAGAGACACGGGUUAGACACACCUCACCAGGCCUUUUCCUGACAGAGCCACACCAGCAGCGCGGAUUGAGACCCAGAUUACACAGCGCUCCAAAUCUCUCGGACACACACCAGUGUCAGCAGAAGAUGAGGAAACAGUACUCUGAGCCGAUGGUGACCUAUAUGCCACACAACCAGCUCCUGCAGCCUUGCAGACAGAUGAGAUCCUCUCCCAAACUCUCGGAACUAAUUCAGCGGAGUCCACUCCCAACCAUCGUGGGUUCCCCGACAAAGGUUCAGCCUCCUUUUGAAUUCUCCGAGUCCCCUGGCUCUCCUAACCUCGUCACCUUGCUCACCCACCAGGGCCUCUCCCUGACUCCAGCUCCAGUUCGCAACAGGACAGUGCCAACUCUGACCCCCCUCCAGAACCAGCACAUCAACAUCGGACUCAAACCUGUCGAUGAGAUGAAGGGACCGUUUGGCAGGUCUCUCAGCGCUGGCAAACUGUCUGAUCUACUGCUGAAGGCAGCAUUUGGGGGACCCAACUUGGACCCUGUCAGCUACGAUAGCCUGAACACCGAGAAACCAAUGGAUGUAACAGGUCCUCCCAGAGGCUGCGUGUCUUCAGGGAUAGGGGCAGCCUACUCCAGCAGUCCAGCCCCCGUGGUGUUCACCGUGGGUUCUCCUCCCAGUGACACCUCCCCACACUCGGGCAGAACGCGAAUGUUUUCAGUUGGCUGCUCCAGUUCGAUGAGCUCAGUGGGCUCCAGCAGCAGUCCAGUGUUCCAGUGUUCACCAGCAGGGACCAGCGCAGAGUCCCCUCCGACAGCGUAUGAGGGACCCCCAAGUCUCCGGUACACAUACCCUGACACCAUCACCACGAACAUGGAGGCAAUGGUGACCUUCGAAGCACCAGAAUUACCAGAAGAAACUCUGAUGGAGCAGGAACACACCGAGAUACUGAAGAACCUGCGAUUCACCCUGGUCUUUGUUCGCUGUGUGAUGGAGAUAGCGUCGGCUAAGGGGAACCCCUUUGAGAUGGUCUGCAGCUCAGUCAGCUCUGCCAGCCAGCUCCAAGAGAGUGUGGUCGCCGAUCAGAUUAGUCUACUGAGUAAGGAGUGGAGUUAUGCGGAGCAGCUGGUUCUCUAUAUGAAGGUGACUGAACUCCUGGCAUCAGCUUUACACAUGAGCAAGAAUCAGAUCAAGGCUGGCAAGCUGUGCCCAUCAUCAACUGUCAAACAAGUGGUGAAGAAGCUGAACGAACACUACAAAUCCUGUGUGUCUCACUGUCGCUGUCUCACGGUCAGACUCCAGCGCUUUUUCAUUCAUAAACAACGGCUCAUGGACAGAAUAAACAGCAUCACUGCAGCAAAGCUGAUUUACAGUCAUACUGUACAGAUGGUUCAGUCCACAGCAUUGGAUGAGAUGUUUCAGCAGGGAGAGGACUGUAUCCAGCGCUACCACAAGGCACUGCUGCUAAUGGAGGGUCUCUCUCAGAUAAUCACGGAACAGGAAGAUGUGGACAACAUCAGCAAAUGUAAACAGAGCAUUGAACGCAGACUGUCUGCGUUACAGCCAGGACUGUGCGCGUGACGCUACACACUGGAGCACUUUCCCUCGUCUUGGGUCUUGCAGUGUCUAGGAUAUCCCGGAUACUGGAUCCAAACCAUCCCAGUCAUCCCUAGGAGCGGUUUGGAGUUUUAUCAUGUAAUCCUGCGAACCGAGUGACUCACUGGGGACUUGAAGUGGAAACCUUCUUUCCCCUCCCGCUCGCCUCCUCUCCUCUCAUGAACUGUGCCCCAUUACAGGAACACCUUCGGUGUUCCGUGGAAUUCUUCUGAUGAAGAGGAGCCUUCAGCAGCUCUUCACAAGGCACCUGAUGGAAGAGGAAUACUUGCCGUGGGAAUUCUCUCUGACAUUGCAUUUGGGCCUACCUGAAGACUCUUCAGCCUGGACCCUGUGGUCUGGUGAUUAACAAGUAAACAGAAAGCAUUAGUUGAUUGCUAAAGAAGAAGAUUAAACACUUGCCUUGCAAAACGUCAGUGAGAUAUUUGCAGAGUGACUAAGCUGUUGAUUUUUUUGUUGUUUUCCAUUGAAUGCUGCCUUGAAGCACUUUCCUCACUUUUUUUGUCUGAAGUGUUAAUUGUGCACACACACACACACACACAAACACACACCCGAGUAACCCCCUCACACUAGCCUGUAAGGUAGAGGUGCACUUUAUAUUAGCUUUACAUGGUUAUGAACUUGAACCACGCAGUGGCCCAUGUGAUGUAAGUACAGAAGGAUGGAAUGCAAAGUGUAAAUCCAGUCAGCCUGUUUCCUUUCUCCCAAACCUUCUAGCCCCCUCAGACCCUGCCAUUUCUCAUCUGUUCAUGUGUUGCACUAUCUGAGAAUUUCAGUAUGUAGUUGGUACUGCACAGUAUGGGCUGACAGAGAGAGAGUGUAUAUGUCUGUGUGUGUGUGUGUGUGUGUGUGUGUGUGUACACCCGAAUUUUUUCUCGGUUGAACUCUGCCUGGGAGACAUUUCCGAAGAGAAUUUCACAAACUAGCAACGAUAACAGACAAUCGCACCCUGUAGAUUGUUCUUCUGGACUUAUUGUUUUGGUUUUUGUGAGAUAAUUGAGUGUGCACCUGAGUGCAUGAUGGUGUGUGUGAAUACUUUGCUUUGUUUCAGUAGGUAAAUGAAGCUCAUGAGGACGAGAAUGGUGAGGGGUUUGAAUGGACAAGUGUGUGUACAUAAUUGAGUGCUUGCAGUUCCACACUGUAGCAAAUUGUCACUUGAAUGGAUAAUGAAUUUCAAGGCCACAUUGUCAACCAAUGAUUUUCUUUUCCCUCUAUCUUGCAUAAAUACUUGAAAAUUAGCCACUGUGUGUACACAAAAAUAUAUAUAUAUUGCAAAGAUAUCAAUGCCACCAAACAUUUGACUUAACCCUGAAUUGUGUAAGAUAAAUGUUAGCAGUUAGUAUUUAUUGCUUCAAGCCAGAGAGGAUUGUAAGCAAAUUGGAGUGAUUUACUGUACUCGAAACAUCAACUGUUUCCAAGACAACCGUUCCUUGGUAAUUUCUUUGUUAUUGAUGUGUAGUUUUUGUUUGAUAAAUUUCCCAAAAGCUUGAUCCUCAGCUCUCGACUUACAUCGUUCAGGUCGGAACUAUUCAAAGUGUGUUUUGUUAUUCCACAAUGUUAAAAUGCUGGAAACAUUUUCAUUUAUGACUUUAUUUCUGUGUGUGCUGUAACCUUUUUUUUGUCUUUGACCUGUACAAAAACAGAACAGAACUAAAUAAAACAGUUGGAAACGUUUGACAGUUCUGCUCCCAGUCCCUUUUGAAGAGAGUUUCAAGAUCACUCCAUUAUCUACUUGUGAGGACUGAGUUUCUAUGAGUACUUUCUGUGUUCAUGUGUCUG